CACGAUCGACCUAAAGAUACUGUAGGGGAAAAGGAUCGCAAAAAAAAUUAUCUGUCUCUUUUUUUCGGUUCUAUCCAGCGCAUCUCGCCUACUCCGGGUUGAUCGGCUUGACCGAUCAGCUUUGACCGAAGGUCGGUUUGUCACCCGUCUGACGAUUCAGUCGCCCUUUCGUCUACGAUCAGAGUUCUGACAGUUUUAGAUCUCUCCGCGAGGUCUGCGUGUUCGCGCGGCCACAGCGUCGGGGAAUGGCCGUAACAAUCCUCGGUAUAGAGAGAAAAGUUCUUCGUCACAUCGCGGGGCAUCGAUUUAACAAAAAAUAUUGUGUCACUUCCCGCAAAGAAAACGACGUCAGCGGCGCUUAUGUCAAGGGUGACUCUGCAAAAUCUUACUUGGAGGAGGAGAACUUUUUUUCCACCUUAACCCGAAAACGCGAUGUUGAAAGUUGCGUCUGGCCCUGUUCGAGCGCUGAUUACGUCGUGAUCAUCAUAGCGAGCGGUGUGAUAUUUUUGAAUAGAUCGACGCAUCGUGAUAUUUCGAGUAAGUAUGUACUUUCGUACAAGUUUUACCUUCGAAGGAGUUUCGAAGGUAAAGUACUUUCGUACCUUCGAAGGAUUAGCUAG